AUGAUGGACUGUUUUGUGGCUCUUUCAUCCCCAGGAGAGGAGGUAGACAGACAGCUGUGUGGGGAUGCCAUCUAUCCCACUCCUAUUGUCUGUGAAGUCCCAUGCCUAAAGGACUGUGUGCUCAGCACAUGGUCAAAAUGGUCCUCAUGCUCUCACACCUGCUCAGGAAAAACCACUGAAGGGAAACAGACGCGGGCACGCUCUAUUUUGGCAUAUGCAGGUGAAGGGGGAGUUCAGUGCCCGAAUAGCAGCGCUCUGCAGGAAGUCCGCAGCUGUAAUGACCACCCCUGCACUGUCUAUCACUGGCAAACUGGGACCUGGGGCCAGUGCAUAGAGGACCCAUCAGUAUCAACUAUUAAUUCUAGCACCAGCUGGAGCGGUGAGCCCACCUGCUCAGUCGGAAUGCAGACAAGGAAGGUCAUCUGUGUGAGGGUCAACGUGGGACAGGUGCCACCAAAGAAGUGCCCUGAGAGUCUUCGGCCUGAUACAGUGAGGCCUUGUCUGUUGCCAUGCAAGAAGGAUUGUAUUGUAACACCUUAUAGUGACUGGACUCCCUGCCCAUCGUCAUGUCAAGAAGGGGAUCGUUCAAUAAAGAAACAGUCUCGUAAUCGUGUCAUCAUCCAGCUGCCAGCAAAUGGUGGCCAGGAUUGUCCUGAAGUACUGUAUGAGGAGAAGGAAUGUGAGACCUCAUCCGUGUGCCCUGGUUUCAGAUGGAAGACCCAUAAAUGGCGUCGCUGUCAGUUAGUGCCAUGGUAUGUACGUCAAGACAGUCCUGGAACUCAUGAGACAUGUGGCCCAGGACUACAAACAAGAGCAAUAUCCUGUCGCAAGCAAGAUGGUGGACAAGCUGACAUUGGCGAGUGCUUGAAGAAUUGCAGAUUUAUGCCUCCUAUUACUCAACCAUGCCAACUGCCUUGCCAGAAUGACUGCCAGUUAACCAACUGGUCUAAGUUCUCUUCUUGUAGUGCAGACUGUGCAGGAGUUAGAACCAGAAAACGAGCACUUGUCGGGAAAAGCAAGAAGAGAGAGAAAUGCAGAAACAACCAAAUGUUCCCCCUCACUGAGACCCAGUACUGCCCUUGUGACAAGUACAACGCCCAGCCGGUGGGGAACUGGUCUGACUGCAUUCUGCCAGAUGGGAAGGUGGAGGGUAUCCUGGGAAUGAAGGUCCUGGGGGACAUCAAGGAGUGUGGACAGGGCUAUCGCAGCCAGGCCAUGGUCUGCUAUGAUCAGAAUAACCGCAUAGUGGAAACCUCUCGGUGUAACAGCCACGGCUAUAUUGAAGAGGCCUGUAUCAUCCCCUGCCCCUCAGACUGUAAACUUAGCGAAUGGUCUAACUGGUCACGCUGCAGUAAGUCUUGUGGAAGUGGUGUGAAAGUACGCUCUAAAUGGCUUCGUGAAAAACCUUACAAUGGAGGAAGACCGUGCCCUAAACUGGACCAUGUCAACCAGGCCCAGGUGUAUGAAGUGGUCCCAUGUCAUAGUGACUGCAGUCAGUAUGUCUGGGCAGCUGAACCAUGGAGUGUGUGGAAAGUGAGCUAUGUUGAUCUGAAGGAGAACUGUGGAGAAGGUGUACAGACAAGAAAAGUCAGAUGUAUGCAAAAUACCAUAGAUGGGCCCUCGGAUCAAGUAGAAGAUUAUCUCUGUGACCCUGAAGACAUGCCUCUCGGUGCCAGAGAGAGCAAGCUGCCUUGUCCUGAAGACUGUGUUUUAUCUGACUGGGCACCAUGGAGUCGAUGUCCUUUGUCUUGUAGUGGAAAUAGCACUCAUGCACGAUCUGCAUAUCCCAUAAGGAAGCCUGGAGAAGGAAGA